UUGAGAUCAGAGCUUCAUGGGAAAGAGAAACCUUGUGAAAACCAGAGAAGAUACCGAUUUUUGCUCCAACGAAUUUGCAGACUACGAGUGUUAGGGAAGGGAUGAUGGCGCAGCCAGGGGUUCACAUGCAGGGACCCGAGCCCUACGGCGCACACGGACCCAGACAACAGUACUUCAGCCCGUAUUCAUGGAACGGAGGGACAGUGCUGGCCAUUGCAGGAGAGGACUACGCUGUCUUAGCGUGUGAUGCCAGACUGAGCGAAUAUUUCUCCAUCCUCAGUCGCGAUUCUCCAAAGAGAUACAAACUCACAGACAGGACUGUACUGGGGUGCUGUGGUUUCCAUGGCGAUGUCCUGACCCUGACAAAGAUGCUGGAUGCAAGGUUAAAGAACUACAAGCAUGAACACAACAAGACCAUGAGCUGUAAGUCCAUCGCCGCCAUGCUGUCCACAGUGCUGUACUACCGACGGUUCUUCCCUUACUACACAUACAACAUUCUGGCAGGGCUGGACGAAGAAGGGAAAGGCUGUGUGUACAGUUUUGACCCGAUAGGUUCGUAUGAGCGGGAAGUCUACCGUGCAGGUGGAUCAGCCAGCGCCCUCCUCCAGCCACUCUUGGAUAACCAGAUUGGAAUGAAGAAUAUGCAGGGAGUGGAGCGUCUGCCUGUCCCCAAGGAGAAGGCAGUAGCCCUGGUGAAGGAUGUCUUCAUCUCCGCAGCAGAACGAGACAUCUACACCGGCGACCAGAUCAUCAUCAACAUCGUCACCAAGGACGGCAUCCAGGAGGAACAGUUCCCUCUCAGAAGGGACUGAGUUUUUCCUAUCGUGUUAACCCUCACUGUCCCAAGGACUGACGGAACCUGUCGAGUUCGCCACCUUACUAGCAGCACUUGGGACAGAGACGGUUAAACUAUUCAUGAAGCUAAAGCAGAUCUUGUUGUAUCAGGAAUAUGGUGUUGUUAUCUCUGUUAAACACUUAGACUAGCUGUAUAAAAAUUACUACUGAACAUCUAGCCCACUCUUUAAAAAGCAAACAUGGCAUACAAUGUGACACAAUGUGACACAAGGCUUAGAAACAUAGAAGGACCCAUGUAUUGGUGAAGAUAAUAAAAAAAAAGUACUAUCUCA